GACUUCAGUGCGUUUAGUCCUGACAAUGCCGUGUAACACUGGCGUGAAACUGAACGGCAAAGUGGCUGUAGUGACUGGUGGCAGUUCUGGUAUGGGCUACGAAGCUGCAAAGAAUCUGGCUAACCAUGGAGCUAGAGUUAUCAUCGCAAGUAGAAACGCAGCUAAACUCGAAGAAGCUACUAAACAAAUAAUAUCAGAAACAGGCAAUCCUAAUGUUUCUUACAAAACUGUCGAUCUAGCAUCUCUAAGUUCAGUAAGGAAUUUAGCAAACGAAAUCAAUAUGGAAGAUAAAGUAAAUGUGUUAAUAAACAAUGCAGGAGCCGUUGCUUUACCCGAUAGUCUGACAGCAGAUGAUUUGAACCUCACAAUGCAAGUGAAUUACCUUGGAGCAUUCUUACUUACGUUUCUAUUGCUGCCGAAGUUACGAGCAUCAGCACCCAGCAGGAUCGUGAAUGGAGUGGCCGCGACGAUGUAUGUUGGUCAUAUUGAUUUCGACCACUGGAACGAUCUUGGACGAUACAAUGUUAUAACUGCAUUAGGGACAUCUAAGCUGGCAGUUGCUCUGUUUAGUGCAGAACUGGAUAAUAGAUUGAAGAAUACUGGAGUGACCGCUAAUAGCUUCGAUCCCUUCUUAGUGAAAGAUACGAAUUUACUCUCAAAUAUUCCACAAGGUUUACAAAACGUGUCUCAAUUCUUCCUCAACAUUGUUGGACAAAGGAAAGAAGAUGUGGGAGAGCAGAUAGCCUACUUGGCUGCUGCACCAGAGUUAGAAGGAGUUAGUGGAAAACUCUUCAAGUUUUGUCACGCGUUUCCUAAUCAUUGGCUUGUUCAUAACCGUCAGUUCACCAAGCGUCUGUGGGAGGAAUCCAAGAAAGCUGUGAAGAUAACUCAGAAGGAAGACUGGGAGAUGAGUAAUGCGGUCUAGGAUAGUAAGAAGUGCUCAACUGUUUUCAUGAAAUCAAGUAAGAGUGGACGUAGUCAUAACGUAGAUCUCUACAUCGAGUCAAAAUUUAAAUAGAAAUAAGAAAUGUAGGUGUAGUCAUUAUUUAAUCAUUUUGCUUUUCUAUUUAUAAUCCACGAAAUAAAUAAACGAAAAUUAUGUAUGAAAUAUUUUAUUCCAUAGGUAUUCACCGUUGAAAUUCAUUUUCUUCGUGCCAUGGGUUUUCUAAGUCUGUAACAAAGAAACAAUUUUUAUCAUUAGAAAUAAGGUUUUCUUUGUUGUCUAGUAGAAAUAAGGUUUUCAUAGUUGUCUAGAUUAGAACAGUAUAUUUUAAACAUAGGAUACCUGCUACGAGUUUGAAUCCUGUCAAGUUAUGAUUUUACAAAAUGUCAUUUCUUUAUAAUUUUCACUUGUUGUUUAAAUCUUGCUAAAAUUGUUGUUUGAUCUAUGUUACCUAUACCUGUAGAUAUUAUUUUCUUCAUUGUCAUAUCUUGCUGUAUUGCUGCAUCCUCGACAUUGUCAUUGUGUAUAUUAUGACCUUUUGUUUUUACGCCAUCGCCAUCUCCAUUAAUCAUAAUUACUUACUUUAUUCUUCUCGGAAGUAUA